UUCCCUUCCGCCCGUCACCUUCCCCCUGCGCAUCCUCAUGUGCUCUGCUGUGCCCCUCACGUCCGACUUUCCCCCCUCAACCCCAUCCUGCUUGGCAUUCCAUACCUAGAAACAGAGCAUAUAGCACUCGCCGCAUCCCACUACCAGCCGUACUAGACCUGCUGAUUUCACCUCUAGCACUUCCCCGUGAAAGUGGGAUUUUCAAGAUCCAGGCAAUCUGUCACGUCGCAGCUAUGCGGGGAAUGUUGCUCGCGUUCGCUCUUGUGGCCGUCAUGGCAGCCGUGCAGGUGGCUGCAUCUCCGGCGGUCCUAUUUUUGGAUGAAGCUCAAGGUUCUUACUUCAAGCGCGUUUCUGGCUCUGCAGGGUCGUUGGCUCUGUCACCGACUGCUGCAGUCGCAGCCACAGCCGCCUUGCUUGGUGUAUCAGUUCCUCUGAACACGGAUGCCGCGACUUCCUCUCAGCUGAACUCGUUGCUGAUUCCUGAUCCCUUCAAUCGCCCCCGAUCGGUUUUGCACCUCACACUUCCGGGUGCCGAUUUCACCAUGUACAGCAAUGUUACGUCCGGCACAGUGCAAGUGGUGCAAUCGCGCGUGCUCGCAGCAACCUCCGGCAUUCCGGCUGCUUCCCUUACGGGCUACCUGGAAGCAGAGUUCGUGUCUCUCUACAGAUCUGCCAGGCCGGAGGGAUUGAUGAUGGACGUUGCUACAUGCGGCUGGAAUCACGCUGAUGCCGACGCCGCGGUUGAGAGCAUGGCUGCGUCUUCUCCGUGUGACGACCUCUGCCUCGACUUCCUGAUGUCUCCGGGGUCAGUUGGGGAUGAGGCUUCGCAGCAACUACGCCGUGUCAUGAACUCUGCUUUCGAUCCUUCCAAGGAUGCUGAUUCAAACUUCCUGGCGAAUCUGGCUUGUGUUGUGAGGGCCAUUCGUUCUGCCAGCUACAAUUCGGCAGAGUUAGCCACCCAGCCGCACUUGCUGGUUGCAUCUCUUGCGGGGUUCCAGGAGAAGCAGGACCCACACACUGCAUCUGCACGCCUCUCCUUCGUCCUUGCUACUAUUUCUGCCCACAUGUCUUCUCUCCGCUUACUGAGCAAGGGAUCACUGGUGGCAGAAGUUGUACUGCCAGGGGCCUCUUCAGAGCAGGCAGCGCCACAUAUGUUGCUGCAGCAGAUUGUGUCAUCUGCAGGUCAGCGUCCAGGAGCUCGCCAGCUGCGUGGUGUGGUGGCUGCCUCCCAGGUCGCUCAGGCACAGGGUCUGGAGACACCUGCUGACGUCCUCUCAACUGCCAUCCUCGUUGCAACUGUCAUUCUUCUGAUUGUUUCACUGGUUCUAGCUACUGCCUACCUCUUCAACAUGCCUCCGACCCGUGACACCCUCUUGUACUCGGGUGGGCCGAAGAUUGAUUGAUUUUACCAGCUGGGCAUAUCAUAAUAUGCAUGGGGUAGUGGUGCAGCACAUUUGGUUGGAAUAGACAGCGUUGCCAACAGCUACACUUGGUCUACCUUAUGUGACUAGAUGGAUCUAGACACGUGCUUGAUGGGAUUAGAGGGAAUGAGUAUUGCAGAGAAACAACAUACGGUAUGGAUAAUAAUAGGAGGAACUUCAUCCAUAUAACACAGCAC